AAAAUUCCAGCUGAUAAUCAAAUGUUUUUCGGCGGGACAUCAAUUUGUGAAUUUCUCUUUUAUUAUACUUUGUUCAAAGGGAAAUUAUUCAAAUAAAAAUGAAAUUACAGUGUCAAGUGGAAGUAAUAAACCGAGUUCACAGCAGUCUAAAUAUAAGGUCCAAUGGAAAGUACUUAAAAUCUACAUUAGCUUUAGGCAGGGAACCGAAGAAUGAAAAUGAAUAUUUUAUCCUACACUUUUCGUCUGUUAACAGAACUGGAGUUAAAUAUAAAGUUAAAAGUCUGAAACAGGCGUUUGUUAAGUGCUUGAAUGAAGGGAAAGCGACGUUACGGUUUGAGGAUCCACCACACGAUUUGUGCAUCAAAUGUGAAGCUAUUCAGUUGAAGUGUUUUAUGAAACUUCUUAAACAGUGCAUUACUGGAGACACUAAAGGAUUACGCCUCUCAGACUUAUCGAAUAUUAGCGUAACGUCUAAAGAUAUCGCUCCGACUAAGAUGGUCAUAAGAGAUAGAAGCGAGUUCCCAUCAAAAGGCCUUCCCAGAACCUUGGAGUCUCUGACUUUAGCUGGACUGAAACUUUGCAAUUUCAGAAGAGACGUGCUACUGCUUCGACACCUUUCUGUUUUGGAUUUAAGUAAUAAUGAAAUUGAAAAAAUACCUGCAGAGUUUGGUAGAAUGCCCAACCUAUCAGAGCUAUACUUGGCAAACAAUCAACUUGGGGUUAAAGGAGAAAUGGACUGGAAUUGGCUGCUAGGACCUCAGAUAAGCAAAUCUUUGAAAUUGUUGGACCUCACUGGAAAUAAGUUGAACCAUCUCUCUAAAGGAGUGUGGAAGCUGCAAAGCCUGGUCACACUGAAACUGGAUAAUAAUAUGAUAAAGAGGCUGCCUGCUACUGUGGGACGGAUCAGCUCAUUGAGGUACUUAACACUAUCACAGAAUAGACUAGAAUCCCUCCCUUGCAGUUUAAUGCACUGCAAACUAGAACAUAUUGACCUCUCCAGCAAUGACUUCCACAUCAUAGAGUCAGCACCUCAGCCUAACAACCGUUCACUGUGGGAUCUGUACGUCAGAGGUUUAGUUCAACUGGCAGCCAAAGUAGUAUUAAAGCACAAGAUAUACUAUGCUCCAAAUAUUAUCCCACGGACUCUAGUACACUUCUUAGACGAAGCCAACAUGUGUAUUUGUGGGGCUCCGGUAGUAAAUGACUUGUUUUACAUAAACAAACAGUUUGAAAUGAAAGAUUUCUUCAGAACAACAGUCAUCAAUAAUAACAGAACACGUAUGGUGAACUUUGAAAUCUAUUUUUGUUCCCCAAAGUGUUUUAGUAAGAGUUAGUUAAGGCUGUGCCUAUUGGAGUGUAAUUAAAUAAAAAUGCAUUUAAAUGUAAGUUAUAAUUUAAAUAAACUUUUAUUUU